AUGCAAUCCGAGUUUAAUGCUCUUCUGCAACAUCAAACAUGGACAUUAGUGGAACCCACUCCUGAUAUGAAACUCAUUCAGUUGAAUUCGCUGUUUAGAGUUAAACAAAAUCCUAAUGGUUCAAUUGCUCAUUACAAAGCUAGAUUACUGGCACAAGGAUUUGCUCAAAGACCUGGUGUUGACUACAAAAACACCUUCAGUCCAGUGAUAAAACUAUUGAAGGUUGAUUCAAGAGUUGCCAACUCAAUAUUUGUGUUUGACUUGGUCUUUGAUAUUGCUGUUAGUUAUAAAUUCUUGUUCCUAAAGUUUAUGGUUAUUAGUUGA